AUGUCCAUUUUUCCGUAUGUCUACCACAUGGUAGAGGCAUUCAAGGUGACAGAUAAUGAUCGCAAAAUCGCUCUCUAUGCCGGCCUGAUCACAUCCUCGUUUACUUUCGCAGAAUUCUCGGCAGGCAUGUUCUGGGGUCGGAUGAGCGACAAGAUUGGUCGAAAGCCUGUUUUGAUUAUGGGUCUGAUUGGAACAGCUAUCAGCAUGAUUGUUUUCGGAUUCGCUCCGAAUCUGCCAACCGCCAUGAUUGCUCGAGCGCUUGGGGGUCUCCUCAACGGAAACAUCGGAGUUCUUCAAACGACGGUUGCGGAGAUCGUGACUGUCAAGGAACAUCAACCUCGGGCUUACUCGAUCAUGCCAUUUGUUUGGUGCUUGGGGUCGAUCAUAGGACCAGCUAUGGGUGGUGCGUUGGCACAGCCCUGCCAGAAUUAUCCCGGGUUGUUCCAGCGCCAUACAAUUUUCGACAGCUUCCCAUUUCUGCUGCCCAACCUCGUCUGUGUUGUCGUCCUGGUCUUUGGGGUUAUCGUCGGCUUCUUGUUCCUUGAGGAGACUCAUCCGGAGAAACGAUACCGCCGUGACCCUGGUCUCGAGCUGGGCAACUGGCUCGUCGCCCAAUGCUCGGGCUCCCGCGUGCAACUGACAGAGGAUAACACGGACAUCAAAGUGGAAGCCAACGAAGCUGACUAUUUCGACUACGGCGAUGUCCCCCCACCAGAGUACAGAAGCACUGAAACCUCACCUCAGCUGGCCCCGGUCAAGAAUGUGGGUGCUCUCUCAGAUGAUGACGACAUUGAGGGUCAGGUCAAAGGCGAACAAUGCGGGACACCUAAAGCUUUCACAAAGCAGGUGGUCUUCAACAUCAUCGCGUAUGGUAUUCUUGCCUACCACAGCGUCUCCUUUGAUCAACUUAUGCCCGUUUUUCUCAGCACCCCUAAAUCCGACGGUAACGUCGUCCUGCCGUUCAAAUUCACCGGGGGACUUGGUCUUCCCACCAAGACGAUCGGUUUUAUGCUCGCAGUACAAGGCGUUUACUCUAUGAUUGCCCAACUUUGGCUGUUUCCUUUCGUCGUUCGCCAUUUUGGAACACUGCGAACCUUCCGAUUCGUUCUGCUCGUUUGGCCACCACUCUACUUGCUCGUGCCAUACCUCGUCCUCCUGCCUUCAAUACUGCAGACAGCAGCAGUCUACUUGGCUCUCAUCUGCAAAAUUACUUUGCACGUCAUUGCGUUUCCCUCUACUGCUAUUUUGCUUGCCAAUGCUGCUCCAUCUUCCAAGGUUCUCGGUUCGAUCAACGGUGCUGCCGCCUCGACUGCGAGUCUCAGUCGCGCCUUGGGACCAACAAUCACGGGUCUGUUGCACUCCAAGGGCCUCGAAAGCGGCUAUUCGAUUAUCGCAUGGUGGGCCUGUGGCAUCGUUUGCGUUACCGGUACCAUCCAAAGCUUCUGGAUGGAGGAGAGCGAGCCGCGGAGAGACACCGAGAAGGCUGGCAACAGUGACUCGAGUGCAGGAAACCCUAUGCGGAGCUCCUUCACUGCAGGCAAAGAGUAUGCCACACCCGAAGAGGAACGCAGACUGCUCUCUUCUACGCGGACAAGUGUCGAUGAUUUGGACAUUGCCAACCUGGAUUUGACGCAAGUCGAACCAGCAAGCCGGUCGAAUCAAUUUGCAUUUGCCGAGGACUGA